AUAUUAGUUUAGCUUGUUAUUUCAAAAACUAUAAUAUUUUAGUUCUUAGUUUUCGAGGAACUAUUAAAGGUAACUGGAAAGAAAUUAUUUUAAAUAGUACUAUGAGAAUAGAACUUAAAGUUAUUGAAGGAAGAAAUUUAAAGGGAGCUGAUUUCGGAGGACUUUCUAGUGAUCCUUAUUGUAAAAUUAUUACAAGACAAUGUACCCAACAAACACAAACCGUUUAUAAAACCAGAAAUCCAUCAUGGAAUAAGUCAUUCAUAAUGGACGUUUUUCCAGGUGAAGAUAUUAAAUUUGAAGUUUAUGACUAUGAUACCUUUGGAAAGAAUGACUCUCUUGGAUCCACUCAUUACAAAGUUUUGAAUGGUUUCCCAGGUCAAGUUGUUGAUACUUGGUUAGGUCUUUCUAAAAAAGGUGAAAUUCAUAUCCAAAUUAUUUUCCAAACGGGUGCACCAGCCCCAGGAAUGGUUCCACCAAUGCAACCAGGCAUGAUGCCACCACCCGGUGCUUACCCACCACCUGGAUAUCCACCAAUGCAACCAGGUAUGAUGCCACCACCUGGAUAUCCACCAAUGCAACCAGGCAUGAUGCCACCACCCGGUGCUUACCCACCACCUGGAUAUCCACCAAUGCAACCAGGUAUGAUGCCACCACCAGGAUUUUAUUAAAAAAUCUUCUUCCAUUUAGUUAUUUUUUUUUUUUAAUAAAAAUAUGUUGAAGGUGGCAUGUCUCAAACACUAAUAGAAUUCAAGCUUCGACACUCCCAGUUAUUAUCUGGUUAUGACGGUGUAUUUGAAUUAGAAAUGUAUUAGGUAAAGUUGCAAAGGGUGUAGCAAGAUAUUAUGAUAGAAUAUUACAUGGUGUAAUAUAAGGAAGUACUAAAGUGUGGGUAAGACUAAAAGAAAAUUAAACACAAUAAUAUAAUGGGAAUGAAAUAGUCUCUUCUCUCAUUCAUAAAACAAGAAAAAAUGAAAAAGAAAAUGUUUAAAAUUAAGACAGAAAAUAAACAAAAGGAUAAAAAGAAGAAUUAAGCAGAAGAAGGAUGAGAAGACAUUAAUAGGAAAAAAUAAAGAAAGAAGUGAUUUUCUCAAUUUGCAAGAAAAACAUAAGUGAUAAGUUAAACAAAAAGAUUACUCUUUUUUAAACAGCUCAGUGAUUAAUCUCGGCUAAACUAGGAAGAAUAUAUGAAAAAUCUAUUAACACUUAAUUAAUUGCUUUGUUAAUAAAA